UAACUGAAUGUUGAUCGAUGAGUGGAGCCGGUAGUGUCUUCCCUGGAUCUUUUGAGCCCCUUGGAGGCUGCUUUCUGGGACCCAGGCCGCCCCGUGUGUUCUCUGGCUCUGGAAGUGCCCAGCUGUUUCGGAUGGCCUUCUCUGUUGGAAAUGCUGGCUGAUCCUGUCUGAGCUUCCUGAAGACUGUACAUUUUAGGACGAACAAGUCCAUCACCUUAGUGAAAAGACAAAGCCACCAGCCAGCUGCUGCUAGAAACCGACUGGGAGUCCAUCCUGCAGAUCUGCGACCUGAUCCGCCAGGGGGACACACAAGCAAAAUAUGCUGUAAAUUCCAUCAAGAAGAAAGUCAACGACAAGAAUCCACAUGUGGCCUUGUAUGCCCUGGAGGUCAUGGAGUCUGUGGUGAAGAACUGUGGCCAGACAGUCCACGAUGAGGUGGCCAACAAGCAAACCAUGGAGGAGCUGAAGGAGCUGCUGAAGAGGCAAGUGGAAGUCAACGUCCGAAACAAGAUCCUGUACCUGAUCCAGGCCUGGGCACAUGCCUUCAGGAACGAGCCCAAGUACAAGGUGGUCCAAGACACCUAUCAGAUCAUGAAGGUGGAGGGACAUGUCUUCCCAGAAUUCAAGGAGAGCGAUGCCAUGUUUGCCGCAGAGAGAGCCCCUGACUGGGUGGACGCUGAGGAAUGCCACCGGUGCCGAGUGCAGUUCGGGGUGGUGACCCGCAAGCACCACUGCCGAGCUUGUGGGCAGAUCUUCUGCGGCAAGUGCUCCUCAAAGUACUCCACCAUCCCCAAGUUCGGCAUCGAGAAAGAGGUGCGGGUGUGUGAGCCCUGCUACGAGCAGCUGAACAAGAAAGCGGAAGGAAAGGCCACCACCACUACUGACCUCCCCCCGGAGUACCUGACCAGCCCCCUGUCACAGCAGUCCCAGCUGCCUCCCAAGAGGGAUGAGACAGCUCUGCAGGAGGAGGAGGAGUUGCAGCUGGCCCUGGCCCUGUCGCAGUCCGAGGCUGAGGAGAAGGAGAGGCUGAGACAGAAGUCAACCUACACAGCACACCCCAAGGCAGAGCCCACGCCCCUGGCGUCAUCGGCGCCCCCCGCCAGCAGCCUGUACUCCUCACCUGUGAACUCAUCAGCACCUCUGGCUGAGGACAUCGACCCUGAGCUUGCGAGGUACCUCAACCGGAACUACUGGGAGAAGAAGCAGGAGGAAGCACGGAAGAGCCCCACGCCAUCUGCACCUGCGCCCCUAACAGAGGUGGCUGCGCAGCCUGGGGAGGGCCACGUGGUGCCCGCCAGCUCGGUGGAGGCUCCCCUCCCAGAGAUGGACACUCAGCCCAUAACCUCCUCCAGCACCCCCUUUAGUGAGCAGCAGUACCAGAACGGGGAGUCGGAGGAAAGCCACGAGCAGUUCCUGAAGGCCCUGCAGAAUGCUGUCACCACCUUUGUCAACCGCAUGAAGAGCAACCACAUGCGGGGCCGCAGCAUCACCAACGACUCCGCUGUGCUCUCCCUCUUCCAGUCCAUCAACAGCAUGCACCCGCAGCUGCUCGAGCUGCUCAACCAGCUGGACGAGCGCAGGCUGUACUACGAGGGACUGCAGGACAAGUUGGCACAGAUCCGGGAUGCCCGGGGGGCACUGAGCGCCCUGCGUGAGGAGCACCGGGAGAAGCUGCGCCGGGCAGCUGAGGAGGCCGAGCGCCAGCGCCAGAUCCAGCUGGCUCAGAAGCUGGAGAUCAUGCGGCAGAAGAAGCAGGAGUACCUGGAGGUGCAGAGGCAGCUGGCCAUCCAGCGCCUGCAGGAGCAGGAGAAGGAGAGGCAGAUGCGCCUGGAGCAGCAGAAGCAGACUGUCCAGAUGCGCGCCCAGAUGCCUGCCUUCCCUCUGCCCUACGCCCAGCUCCAGGCCAUGCCUGCGGCUGGGGCCGUGCUCUACCAGCCUUCAGGCCCGGCCAGCUUCCCCGGCACCUUCAGUCCAGCAGGCUCAGUGGAGGGCUCGCCUAUGCACAGUGUGUACAUGAGCCAGCCAGCCCCAGCCGCUGGCCCCUACCCCAGCAUGGCUGGCACCGCAGCAGAUCCCAGCAUGGUGAGCGCCUACAUGUACCCAGCAGGCGCCCCGGGCUCACAGGCCGCCUCCCAGGCCCCGGCCGGGCCCGCCCCCAGCUCCGCCUACUCAUCCUACCAGCCCACCCCGGCUCCCGGCUACCAGGUAGGUGGCCCCCUCACCUCCUGCCCCGCCUCGCCCCACCCGCUGCCCAUGUCACCAUUUCCCUCCGCAGAAUGUGGCUUCCCCGGCCAUUUCCCAGCCUCCGCAGUCCGGAAGCAUGGGCUACGUGGGCAGCCAGUCGGUGUCCCUGGGCUACCAGCCAUACAGCAUGCAGAAUCUCAUGACCACCCUACCUGGCCAGGACGCAUCUCUGCCGGCCCAGCAGCCCUACAUGGCGGGGCAGCAGACCGUGUACCAGCAGAUGGCGCCUUCUGGCGCCCCGCCCCAGCAGCAGCCCCCCGUGGCCCCGCAGCCGCCGGUGCAGGGGCCGCCAGCGCAGGCACAAGGCAGCGAGGCCCAGCUCAUCUCAUUCGACUGAGGCUGGGCUGGGAACGCCCUAUCCAGAGUAACACUACCGGUCACCCGAACCCGCCUGUGUUAACUAGCCUCCCCUCCCCCUUCCCUGUAGUGUCCCCUCUGAGCCAGGAGUGGGGCCUUGCCCCAGCUCUCCUCCCAUCAGCCUGCUGGCUCCUGUCACCGGCUCCCUGCUUUGGUCCUGACGUGGUCUGUGACUUGUCCCCAGGGCUGGGCCUUGGAGAGGGAAGCUGGCAGGGGAGCCCUGCGUGUCGGGCCUGAGAGGGAGGCCUGCUCUGUCCUCCUGGGAGCUGGCCGCAGCCCCUCCGCAGGGAUCUCCCGGUUGUCCCUCCACAGCCGGGCCUCUAGCUUCUCUGCUUCUCGGCUGUCAUCUCUCUGCAGAACAGCGAUAAUAAAAUGUAUGUCGAGCCGUA